UCCCUUACAUUCACAAUCAAGAUGAGCCACAUCGUUCGAAGAGGAUCAACCGGCACGAUGCCUCCCAAAUGGAGAGUUCUCUUCAACUAUGCAGCGUGCGACGUUGCUGAUGCGCUAUUGAAGCUCAAAGUCCCGGGAGCAGGAUUCUUACCUGAUAUUACGCCAGCACCCACCACCACACGCGCCCGAAGACCAGAGCAGCCCACAAAAGUCAUUGCACCAGCAUCUACUUUCCUCAUGGCUCCAAAGGCAUCGCCAUCUUUCCCUAAUCCUGUUGCGCUGUCUAGCAAUCUCCCAGCCUCCAACAUCGAACAAGACUCAGGCCCCUACGCAGACCACACAGAACGCGGUACGAUCGUUGUGAUCAGCCAACCACAAGGGCAGGCGUGCGCAGUAGUGGGCGGAAUAAUGGCUGUACGGAUGGCGCAUUUGGGAGCGGAGGGAGUCGUUGUCGACGGACGUGUACGAGAUUUGGUGGCUUUGAGCGAGACAGAGUUACCCAUCUGGGCACGAGGGACAUCAAUCAUCGGCGCCGGGGCCGAGACCAAGCUCCACGCGAAGAACGUGCCAAUUCAGGUAGGCGAGACUACCAUCGAGCCCGGGGAUAUAAUCAUGAUCGAUCCCUUGGAGAAUGGUGUGGUUGCAAUCCCGCAAGAUAAAUUGCGGGAGGUGCUGGAAUUGUUGCCCAAAUUGACGAGCGAGGAUGCAAAAGUCAUCGACGAUGUAGAAGAGGGUGUCUCAGUGAAAGAUGCAUUUGAGCGACACAGGACAUAG